ACCACGGUUUUGACUCAGCGUCGAAAAAUGUUACUGUAGUGGUGCUUAAAAAGUUCUUAAAGCCACAAAACGGCACGCAAAGCAGACUACACUGAACGCAUUCCGAGGAAGACAUAUUACACAAAUAAGACACAUUAACACGGAGAAGACUCACUCACACGGAGGUCAGGAUGAUGCUUCCUGUAUUUGUCCUUGUAUGUUUGGCAGUCCAAGCUGCCAGUGGAGCUCUAAUGUCGAUUCCCGCAGAAUCAAAGAAAGUAUUCAUCAAAAACUUUCGUACAACGCUUCUGGAAAAAGUUGCACUGGAAAUAAACAAUACUGUAGAUGCUAGCAAGAAGCUGAAAGUUGAAAUGGACGUGUGCAAACCAAAGAUAAAGAGCAAAGUCGAAGAGUGCAAGCAAUGCGCAAAGAUUAAAUGUGCGUCUUCACCAACGUUUUUAGAUAUAUUGAAUAUUGCAAAUCCGUAUAAUUAUCUGAAAGAACCUCUUGAUAACAUUGGCAGUAAGGCUAUGGUCGCCGUUAAACUAGUAGAAGAUCAGGCUGGUGGCUUCGUUAACUCGAUGAAAAACCUUGCAGACUCAGUAAAACUUCCACCGGAAUUUAAGUUUAUUUACGACCAAAUCUCAGCCGGACUUAAGAAGGCAAUAGCGGAACUUAAAACACUUGGAGUAGACAUUGGUAACUUUGUCAUUGACACAGGCUCAAUUAUCGGAGAUACCUUCAAAGACUGGCUUGGUAAGAGGCGUAGGAAACGAGAGACAAUUGACCCAAAAGUCAGAAAGUGCAUGGAACAAUGCGUCUCCUGUUCACCUUUGUUGAAACCAACCCAGUCCGAAAUAAUAACAGCAGUUUGUGGACCUAAAAUCGUCAAGGCUAACGAAACUAUACAGAAAAUGUUAACGAAAAUCCAAGGUGUGUACAACCAUACAUUGGACGAAAAGAAUCCCAUUGUUGAUAAGCUACAACUUGAUCCUACAGCAGUCAGUGAAUUCAAGUACACUAACGUCCAUAUUACUGUAUAUCUGAAUGGAGGUAAACAAUCGUACAAGACAACGGUACUGGUCCCUAUGCUUGAUAUGGUUGUGGGACCAGCCAGGGGCAUGGCAAUGGAGUACUGGGGCAAAUUUCCAUUCUAGAAAUACACAAAAGCCCAAAAAUGAUAUGAAUAUUAAACAAAGCAUUCUUUCA